AGGGCCAGGCCCAUCCCAAACCUCUCUCCAGUCUCAGUUGAAGUAGCACAAGGACCCAUAGAGCAGAAGGAACGGGACAAGCGUCCAAGGAACUCAGAUCUAACUAGCCAAGGGACCUAUCCACUAGCCAUGAAGGAGCUUAAGGUGCUUAAGAUUAGGGUGACGUCCUGUAUCACCCUGGUGGGGAUCUCAUUAAUGUUAGCGGCUGUAAUGAGCGACCACUGGGCAGUCCUCAGCCCCAAACUGGAUGAUGACACUCAGUCGUGUGAGGUGGCACAUUUUGGUCUAUGGAGGCUGUGUAAAAAGAAGAUUUACAUGGAUGAUCAAGAGACCAUGAUCAAGGGAUGUGGACCCCUGAGCCUUCCUGGGGAGCACAGCUGCACCUACUUCAAGCAUUUUACUUCUGGAGAGAACGCAAACAUUUUUGAGGUGACCACUCAGAAAGAGUACAGCAUUUCGGCAGCUGCCAUUGCCAUUAUAGGAGUUGGAUUUGCGACUAUGGGCACGGUGUGCACCUUGCUGUCCUUCAAGGAGAAGCUCGACUACCUGCUUAAACCUGCCGGCCUCUUCUUUAUCUUUGCAGGACUGUGCAUGAUUAUCUCUGCAGAAGUGAUCAGACAAUCAGUGCACCGAAUGAUAGACAGUAAGGAGACGGUGUGGAUUGAGUAUUAUUAUUCCUGGUCCUUUGCUUGUGCUUGCUCAGCCUUCGUCCUUCUUUUCAUUUGUGGCAUUGCCCUGGUGCUCAUCUCCCUGCCACGCAUGCCCAGAAACCCCUGGGAAACCUGUAUGGAUGCAGAGCCUGAUAUGUGAGGAUCUCCAGGAGGGGAGUUGUGUGGGGUCACAGACUAAAGAUGACAUCGGGCCCCAACAUUUACUGAACUGAAUAGCCAAGUGAGGACAGAGGGGGCACAUCCCUAUAUCUUGCUAUGUUUCCUAUAUAGUGUAAGCUUUCCUCCCAAGUCUUGGCCAAUGGCGUAACUGGGAAUUACUGGCCUCCCCCCUAAAUAGUCAGGAUCUGCUUCCUCUGUGGCUAGUUCUGGGCAUCACCUUCUCAUGGACUGGAGAUGACAUGGUGUGUUAAGUUGAUGGGAGGGUUAUGGGGGGGGGGUACCACAGCACCUGUACAGUAGCUGAGUUUAACAAUAUUUACUAUAUUAUAUCACUGGCUUUAAAUAGCUUCCCCCAUCCCCAGCCCGUGGGCCCCAAUUUAUUACAGGCAGGAAUAGACACCAGUGCUUUCCUCAUAUACUCGCCAUGGGAUAUACUGGAAUUAAGGGACACAGAGGAGAUUUCAUUGCUACAACAGAGACAGAACUUCAGUACUUGUACUUGCAUUUCUACAUCUGGAUGAUUCGGGGGGGGGGGGGGGUUGUUGGGGGGGGAAUAUAUAAAUAUGUGUGAAUUUGGUCUUCAUGGUGUUUAUGUAAUCACUGAAUGUCUUUAAACUUCAUGGGUAACUAGAACCCAGUUUCAAUGAGGCUUUAUAUUCUGUUCAUGAUUUGCCAAUUGCUUCACAAAUGAAGCUGCCAUACUGUGUGGCACUGCCAGGCUGCAGCUUGAUAGAAGGGACUUUCAGCAGCCGACGGGUUAAAAACAAGAAAUCUUCAAUGGGAUUUUUGGGACCCUUAUUUUGUGUGUUACGUGAGUUCAGAAUAAAUAGUUGACUCCAAAGCCAAAACCUCUAAACUCAAUACACAGUCUAUAAUAAACAAUGGGGGGGGGGAGUUUGGGAGAAUAAAGAUUUGAAAUA